AUGGAGGUCCUGCGCCAGCUGCGAGCGACGCUCGACGAGUGGGACAUUGCCGCGCUCAACGAGGCCGAGGAGCAACUAGGCGUCGACAAGACGUACGUAUUCCUUGGCCUCAUCGGCGCCGCGUACCUCGUGCUUGUGGGCGGCCUCGGCGCCGGCUUUCUAGCGACCACGAUGGGCUUUCUCUAUCCGGGCUACGCGUCCUUUCGCGUGCUCCAGAAGCCGGCGCUUGUGCGCAAAGCCGAGACGCGCCUCUGGCUCAUGUACUGGAUCGUCUUUGGCUGCUACAAGAUCGCGGAAGGCCUCGUCUUGGACCCGCUAUUUUCGUUAGUGCCCAACUACAACUCGUUCAAGCUCAUUGGCGUGAGCCUCCUCUUCGUGCCAUCGACGCGCCGCACGUGCAUGUUCUACAGCCGAUACCUCGUGCCCUUCCUCAAGCCCACCGAGGGCGCCAAGUUUGGCGUCGACUGCGCCACGAGCGACGUCGCCGAGACCGACCUCUUCCAGGACAUCGCUCGCUUCUUCACCAAGAAGGCGACGGCCAAGCCCAAGAGCAGCUAA